AUGAAGACAACACCGGCAUUUAAAAUCUUCAUCUGGAAGGCUGCCCAUUCUAUUCUCCCCAAUAGCAUGAGAGUGGCAGCCAUUUUACCUGAUAUAGAUACUAAAUGCAAAUUGUGUAAUGAAAUCCAAGAAACUCUAUCCCAUUUGUUCCUUCAUUGUAAUUACGCCACUCAGGUAUGGAUGCACUUCGAUUUCAAUAUGGAUUUCAUUAGGAAUGGUACAACAACAUUUCAUGAAUGGUUAACAAAUUGUUUUAAAAACCCGAAAAGGGGAGAAUAUGAUAUAGAAUGGCAUGUUCUUUGUAGUAUUAUAAUUUGGUCUAUUUUGAAAGUAAGAUGUGAUGUUGUGUUUAAAAAGAAAACUCAGAACAGUAUCGUAAUUGCCAAGAACAUUAUUGCCUUUAUUAAUAGCUACAAUACAGUGACUAAAUCAGGUCACAAUAUAAUGGAGGAUAUGUAUUACACUUCCAGAAAUGAUGUUGUCCUUCAAAUUAUUAAAAACCCUGUUUUAGAGAAAGGAAGAAAUCUGGCUCUACAUAUUAACAUUGCACUGACCAUAGCAGAUUCUUCUAUGAGAGCAGGGAUUGGCUUAACUUUGAUUGAUCACACAGGUACAAUCAGAGAAGCAAGAGGCUCCUUUAUUGAUAGUACAACAACAGAAGAACUUGAAAAGCCUGGAACAGAAGCUGCUUUCCAAUGGGCAACAUGUUGGAGUGGCCACAAAAUCUCCUUUAAAAGUGAUUCAGAACCCAUUCUGGUGCGGCGGUGGAAAUGUAUGCAGAAGCUAGAAGACAGCGCUAUCUGA